AAUUCUGGGGAGAGCAUGUUGGUGGUAUUUGUGUCAGAUAGAAGCCAGUGAUUAAGAGUUGAGAUACAGCUGUGCCCAAGGUAAGCUAUCUCUUCACUGAUUUCACUGACUUCAAUCACAACUACUUACAGUUACUCAGCACAAUCUGCCUCGAGUCACCAAGAUGAGCAAGCUGCUGGUGAGUGUGCACGACUACGAACGGGAGGCUCAGCGGCGUCUGCCAAAGGCUAUCCUUGACUAUUGUCAGUCAGGUGCUCUGGACGAAGUGACCCUCAAGGAGAACAAGGAGGCUAUGAACAGGUGGUACAUUCGGCCCAGAUUCAUGCAGGAUGUGUCACAGCGCAGUCUGGCCACCACCCUGCUGGGCCACAAGGUCACUGUGCCGUUUGGAGUGGCCCCAACAGGCAUGCAGCAAAUGGCUCACCCUGGCGGGGAAGUGGCCACAGCACAAGCUGCAGGAUGGAUUGGAGCCCCCUUCACCCUCAGCACUGCCAGCACAACCAGCCUGGAGGAGGUGGCUAAAGCAGCCUCAAACACACUGCGCCUCUUUCAGCUCUAUAUCUACAAAGACAGAGAGCUGACAGCCUCCCUGGUCAGGAGGGCCGAAGCUGCUGGCUUUUCGGCACUGGUACUCACUGUGGACGUGCCGUAUGUUGGCAUCCGCCGUGCAGAUGUCAGAAAUCAAUUCACCCUCCCUCCUCAUCUCAGGCUCGCCAACUUCCAGAGCGCUGAGGUAUCGGGUGCUUCUAUCUACACCUCAGAUGGUUGCUCAGGGAUCAGCAAAUAUGUGGCCUCAAUGUUUGACUCAUCGCUCACCUGGGAUGACGUAGCCUGGCUCAAAAGCAUCACCAAGCUUCCUGUGGUGCUCAAGGGGAUCCUAACCAGGGAGGAUGCAGUGCUGGGCAUGGAGGCCGGUGCUGCAGCCAUCUGGGUGUCCAACCAUGGUGCUCGACAGCUGGAUGGUGUAGCCCCCACGAUGGAGGCCCUCCCUGAGGUGGUGGAAGCAGUGGGUGGUCGCUGUGAGGUGUACGUGGAUGGAGGCUUCUCCCAGGGAGCAAACAUCUUCAAGGCCCUCGCUCUCGGGGCAAACAUGGUGUUCAUGGGGCGGCCGCUGCUGUGGGGUCUGGCCUGCGGUGGCGAGGAUGGAGCGUGGAGCGUGUUGGACACAGUACGGACAAAGCUGGAAUCCACCAUGGCACUGUCAGGGUGUCCCACAGUACCAGACAUCACCCGGGCAAUGGUGAUGCGCCGUGACACCCGUGCCCACCUCUGAUGUACUGCCAUGCCACCCAACACACUGCUGGCUACUACUCCCACCUGCCACCUGCCACCUGCAGCUCACCAACCAACACAAAUAAACUGAACGAGCCAUGUAUAAUUUUCUCUCCAUCCGUAUUAGACAAACAAUCCGCUCUUCACACAGGUCAAACAUUACUUGAUGACUGGUGCUCACACCUGCUGUCUCAUAUGACCAUUAUGUACAAAUGAUUCAUUUUCAAUUAAAGACAUCAUUGAA